UAUCUAUCUCUCCCGGUCGAGCUGUAGCACACACCUUCUCAAUUCAUCGCAUCCACUUUCCUGCAAACCGCAAACCGCUACCUCCCAAAUUCCCCCCCAAUUGACACUUGACACCACAUCCCUGUAACGAUCACGAUCCAUUCCAUGGCUCCGUUAUGACGACUGCCUAAGCCUUGUUUCACGCGUUAAAUUUGACUACUCCUAUAAUAUAGCCGCACACCCCUUCCACAGCGAGCUUAGUGCGAAUUUGUGCAUUAGAUUACUCUGUAGUCUGUACAUAAACUAGGUACGUAGGCAAGGCAAGGCAGCUCGUAUCACGUUGGCAGGAUCAUCGGAUAUCUCGUUUACAGCCUCAACACUUGACGUACUUCAACUCAUCGACCUAGCAAUGCCGCUGCGAGGCGCCGUGCUGCUCCUUGUCGUCGUCGUGCUGUGCUGCUCCACGCUCCGCCGCGCCGCGUCCGACCUCGCGGCGGACCAGGCGGCGCUGCUCGCGUUCCGGGCUGCGGUCGGCCCGCGGCUCCCGUGGGACGCGUCGUCCGCGUCCCCCUGCGGCUGGCGCGGCGUCGUGUGCGACAACGACACCGGGAGCCGCGUCGUCGCGCUGCAGCUCCCCGGGGCCGGCCUGAUAGGCGAGGUGCCGCCGGGCACCCUGGGCAACCUGACGGCGUUACGGACGCUCUCCCUCCGCUCCAACGCGCUCUCCGGCGCGAUCCCCGCGGACAUCGGCAACUGCGGGGAGCUCCGGUACCUGUACCUCCACGGCAACAGCCUCGCGGGCGAGAUACCGGAAGGGCUCUUCUCGCUGCGCCUGCUGCUACGGCUCGUCCUCUCCAACAAUCGCAUCACUGGCGGCGUGUCCCUGGAGUUCAACAAGCUCCCGCGGCUCGAGACUCUGUACCUCGAGGACAACGGCCUCAACGGCACCCUCCCGGCCGACCUUGACCUCCCGAAGCUCGCGCUGUUCAACGUGUCGAAUAACAACCAGCUCAACGGCCCAGUGCCCGCGUCGCUCGCCGGAAGGCCGGCCAGCGCCUUUAGCGGGACAGGGCUCUGUGGCGCCCCUCUAAGCCCGUGCCCGAGUCCUCCUCUGCCGCCGCCGUCGCAAUCGCCGCCUCCGGCACCUGCAGCUCAGGGCAGCAAGAACAGCAAGCUCUCCGUUGCUGCGAUCGCUGGCAUCUCUGCGGGCGCCGGCGCGGCGCUCUUGGUGCUGGUGCUCGCGGCGAUCUUCCUGCUCUGUUUCCGUCGUCGCAAGACAAAGGCCGACACGUCCACCGAGACCGCGGCCACGGGCGGCGAGGACGCGUCACCGCCAGCGACGGUCUCCGUGGCGAAGAUGAUGGACAAGAGCGACACGACGCAGCGGUCGCGCUCCACCUCGCAGACGAUGGCAGUCAACAACAACGCCAAGAAGCAGCUGGUGUUCGUGGGGAGCGAGCCGGACGCGCCCUACGAGCUGGAGUCGCUGCUGCACGCGUCGGCGGAGGUGCUCGGGAAGGGCUGGCUCGGCACGACCUACCGCGCCACGCUCGAGGGCGGCGUCGCCGUGGUGACCGUCAAGCGGCUCAGGGAGAUGCCUACCCCCGAGAAGGACUUCCGCCGCACCGUGGCGGCGCUGGGCGCGCUCCGGCACGAGAACCUGGUGCCGCUCCGCGCAUACUUCUACAGCAAAGAGGAGAAGCUCCUCGUCUACGACUUCGUCCCGGGCGCCCGAGGCCUCUCCUCCCUCCUCCACGGCCCCAAUGCCGGCCGCGAGCGGCUCGACUUCACGUCACGGGCGCGCAUCGCGCUGUCGUCCGCGCGGGGCGUCGCCUCAAUGCACGGCGCCGGCGCGUCCCACGGCAACAUCAAGUCGUCCAACAUCCUGGUCGCGGACGACGCCGACGUCGCGCGCGCCUACGUGACCGACCACGGCCUCGUCCAGCUCGUGGGCGCGUCCGUGCCGCUGAAGCGCGUCACGGGGUACCGCGCCCCGGAGGUCAAGGACCCGCGCAGGGCGUCGCGGGAGUCCGACGCGUACAGCUUCGGCGUGCUGCUGCUGGAGCUGCUCACGGGGAGAGCGCCCGUGAACUCGGUGCCCGGGAUCGACGGCGUCGAUCUGACACAGUGGGUGCGCACGGUGGUGGAGGAGGAGUGGACGGGGGAGGUGUUCGACGCGAGCAUCGCCAACGAGGCGCACGUGGAGGAGGACAUGGUGCGGCUGCUGCAGCUCGCCAUCGAAUGCACGGAGCAGCGGCCCGAUCGGCGGCCCGCCAUGGCCGAGGUGGCCGCGAGGAUAGAGCAGAUCGUCGAUAGCGCGGUCAGGAAGGCGGACUCGGAUGACUUCCACAGCGUGUCCGCCGGCCAUUCUUCCGCGUAGCCUGAUUCAUUUUUCCGUUCCCAGUUUAUUUUCAACAUGUUCAUAUACUCAUAUAAUUCAUUUUUGAUUAAUUUCACGAGACUUUUUUCCCAUGAAGCCACAGGUUUUGUGAAUUUGUCCCGAAAAGGAUUUGAGGCUAA